UAGUGAAUGGAAAAUAGUGCCCACCAACUCAUGUUUAAAGGUUUAUGCUGCAAACUUAAACGUUUUGCAACUUUUUCCUGCACAAAAAAAUUGGAAUGCUUAUGCUUUAUCUGAAACAGAAGUCAGUUUCUUUGUUUCUCAUUAAAUGCUAGACUAAAUGAAAAGCAUAUGACUUUGCUAAAGCCUUUAUUGCAUGAAACUGCAGUUGCUUUAGUAAAUGCUUUCGACAAUGAGCAACUAGAUUAACAUAUCUUAAACUGGAUUUGUUCCAUAUCGUAGCAGAACAAUACUGAUUUAUCAUGUAACAUUUUACACAUAAGCCUGCAUGCUGACACAGCUCUCUUUACCCGACACUGCAUCUAAAGUCUAUCUAUCUUUGAAGCUGCAUCAUUUCAGUUUCUUGAAAAUAAUCCAUAACUCUACUCUUCUCUGGCCAUUUGGAAUUAAUGCACAGAGAACUAUAUUGCAAACAGACACACAAGAGAUCUCAAUCAGCAAAACGUUACAAAGAAUCAUUCUCCUUAGUUCUUUCAACAAAACUCAAGUCUGAUCUCCUGAAAUGAAGACUUCACAGAAAUUUUAUCUCUUCUGUUUUUUUAUGCCCUUGGUGAAGUUAGCACCACCUAAUCAACAACACUCAGCACUUUUUCAUGAAAUAUUCCAGCAAGGUUAUGAAGAUGCAUUAUUUCAGGAAGAUUAUGAAGACAAUCCACAGGACGGGGUAAAAAAUAAGGAAGGCAACACUUUCAUCGUUUUCAAUGAAAAUAAAGUACAAAUGCAGAGAGAUGAUGCAAAACGUGCAGAGGGAGCAACAAAUUAUACAGAAUUGGCUACUUGUCUACUAUGUGUUUGUUUAACUGGUUCAGUUUACUGCGAAGAAACAGAUAUUGAAGCUAUCCCUGCUCUGCCAAAGGAAACAGGCUACCUUUAUGCACGAUUCAAUAAAAUCAAGAAGGUGAAAGUAUCUGAUUUUGCUGAAAUUCCCACCCUAAGAAGAAUUGAUUUGACUGGAAAUGCAAUUCAAGAUAUUGAAGAUGGAGCCUUUGGAAAGCUACUACUACUAGAAGAACUUUCAUUGGCUGAUAAUCGGCUUGCCAAGCUCCCCGUUUUGCCACCCAAACUAACUUCACUGAAUGUAAAUAACAAUAAAAUUAAAAACAGAGGAAUUAAAGCAAACGCUUUCAAGAAGUUGACAAAGUUGUCCUAUCUCUACCUAGCACAGAAUGCACUGGAGUCUGUUCCUCUUAAUUUGCCGGAAAGCCUACGUAUUCUGCAUCUUCAGUUCAACAACAUAACCAGCAUUACAGACGAAACCUUCUGCAAAGGAAACAAUCAGACCCGUUAUGUUCGUCAGCGCAUGGAUGAGAUCAGAAUGGAAGGCAACCCAGUCAUCUUGGGAAAGUACCCCAAUGCUUUUAUUUGCUUGAAGACUUUGCCUAUAGGCCAAUACUUUUAGUUACUAACAAAACUGAAACACGUAAAAAUUAGAUAAAGAUUACUGUUAUAUCACUGUUUAAACAUGUCUUCAUAUUAAUUUCCUCUGAUAUAUAUUCAGAACUGUUAGUGGUAAUGAUGUAUUCCUUAAUUUGGUGAUAUUGCACCUUCAGAUUUAAAAAGCCUGAACAUUU